GCGAGCACGGUGUGGGUGGGCUUAGGUCCUGCCCGGGAGGGCUGCUUGGUUUAUCGUUUGUGGGGGGUCUUGGCGGUGCAGGUGAGAUCAUUCGCUCAGGAAAGCAACCGUCGCCUCCUUGGGACCUGGGCGGAUUUCGUGUCUGGGCACAGCAGCUACACAGAAAAGAUGGGAGAAGAGGCCAGUGAUGACAAGAAGCCAACAACUAAAUUUGAACUAGAGCGAGAAACAGAACUUCGAUUUGAGGUGGAAGCAUCUCAGUCAGUUCAGCUGGAGCUGCUGGCUGGCAUGGCAGAAAUCUUUGGCACAGAGCUGACCCGAAACAAGAAAUUCACCUUUGAUGCUGGUGCCAAGGUAGCUGUUUUCACUUGGCAUGGCUGUUCUCUACAGCUGAGUGGCCGCACCGAGGUGGCUUAUGUCUCCAAGGACACCCCUAUGUUGCUUUACCUCAAUACUCAUACAGCUUUGGAGCAGAUGCGGAGGCAAGCAGAGAAGGAAGAAGAGCGAGGCCCCCGUGUGAUGGUAGUGGGCCCCACUGAUGUGGGCAAGUCCACAGUGUGCCGUCUAUUGCUCAACUACGCAGUGCGUUUGGGUCGCCGUCCCACUUAUGUGGAGCUGGAUGUGGGCCAGGGCUCUGUGUCUAUCCCUGGUACCAUGGGGGCCCUCUACAUUGAGCGGCCAGCGGAUGUUGAAGAGGGAUUCUCCAUCCAGGCCCCUCUGGUGUAUCAUUUUGGCUCCACCACUCCUGGCACCAACAUCAAGCUCUAUAAUAAGAUUACAUCUCGUUUAGCAGAUGUGUUCAACCAAAGGUGUGAAGUGAACCGAAGGGCCUCUGUGAGUGGCUGUGUCAUUAACACCUGUGGCUGGGUCAAGGGCUCUGGUUACCAGGCCCUGGUGCAUGCAGCGUCAGCCUUUGAGGUGGAUGUGGUUGUGGUUCUGGAUCAAGAACGACUGUACAAUGAACUGAAACGGGACCUUCCUCACUUUGUACGCACUGUGCUGCUUCCUAAAUCAGGGGGUGUGGUUGAGCGCUCCAAGGACUUCCGUCGGGAAUGUAGGGAUGAGCGUAUCCGUGAGUAUUUCUAUGGAUUCCGGGGCUGUUUUUACCCCCAUGCCUUCAAUGUCAAAUUUUCAGAUGUGAAAAUCUACAAAGUUGGGGCACCUACCAUUCCAGACUCCUGUUUGCCUUUGGGCAUGUCUCAGGAGGACAAUCAGCUCAAGCUAGUACCUGUCACCCCUGGCCGAGAUAUGGUGCACCACCUCCUGAGUGUGAGCACUGCUGAGGGCACAGAAGAGAACCUUUCUGAGACCAGUGUGGCCGGCUUCAUCGUGGUGACCAGUGUGGACUUGGAGCAUCAAGUGUUUACUGUUCUCUCUCCAGCCCCCCGCCCACUGCCUAAGAACUUCCUUCUCAUCAUGGAUAUCCGGUUCAUGGAUCUUAAAUAGAGAUCUGGAAGCCUUGCUGCCUGGGGCAUGGAGAUCUGGCCAUCACCAAAGGCAGAUGGGCUGAAGUUGUGAGAGUCUCUUGAGGCCAGGCUGACCAGUAAAUGUUGGACUAGUAAAAAGCAUAUAUUCUACCUCUUAAAACAGGAGGUGGUAUCCCAGCUGUUCUAAUCUUGAACCAAAAGGAAAACCAUGAAACUAUAAUUAUUUUCUUAGAUCACCUAAGGUGCCACUUCAAAUUCUCUAAGGCCCUGGAGAAUCCCAUUUUUUUCACUGUGUUACUAUAUAGACUAAUUUUUAGGACAUUUUUUAAAAUCACUGCUUUAUAUUCUGUAUAUAGUACUUGUAAUAGCAUUUCAUUUUUCCAGGAUGAAAGAGAAUAUUAGAAGGACUCCUUAAAAUAAAGUUCAAACUUGGGAAAAAUUAUUCUAAUAAAUAUUUUUGCUAUAUCA